AUGUCUGUCUCAAUGAAGAAAAGUAGCAGCAACAUCGCGAUGUCUGGCAGAGGAAAGGGCGGCAAGGGGCUCGGGAAAGGAGGCGCUAAGCGGCACCGGAAGGUUCUUCGCGACAACAUCCAGGGAAUCACCAAGCCGGCUAUUCGUCGUCUGGCUCGCCGUGGCGGUGUGAAGCGCAUUUCCGGCCUGAUCUACGAAGAGACCCGCGGUGUGCUGAAAGUGUUCCUAGAGAACGUGAUCCGCGACGCCGUCACUUACACGGAGCAUGCCAAGAGAAAGACCGUCACCGCUAUGGAUGUGGUGUACGCCCUGAAACGCCAGGGACGCACUCUGUACGGCUUCGGCGGUUAAACGCUCCGACACUGAACCGCACCAACACAACGGCUCUUUUAAGAGCCACCCAAACAUCCACAAAGAGCUCUUUCUCCAUGAGGGAGAGAAAACGACGAGGAGGUAGGGUAGUGCUUCGGGUUGUUUUUUUUUAAUAAAG